AUGAGUAACGAAUACGAUUAUCUGUUUAAGCUUUUAUUGAUCGGCGACUCCUCUGUCGGAAAAUCUUGCCUUCUUCUUAGAUUCGCUGAUGAUUCAUAUGUUGACAGCUAUAUUAGCACCAUUGGAGUGGAUUUUAAAAUUAGGACUGUGGAGCUAGAUGGGAAGACUAUCAAGCUGCAAAUUUGGGAUACUGCUGGCCAAGAGCGGUUCCGGACUAUUACGAGCAGUUACUAUCGAGGAGCUCAUGGGAUAAUUAUUGUGUACGAUGUAACUGAAAUGGAAAGCUUCAACAAUGUUAAGCAAUGGCUUAAUGAGAUUGAUAGAUAUGCAAACGAUAGUGUAUGCAAGCUUCUGGUGGGGAACAAAUGCGAUCUAGUUGAGAACAAAGUUGUUGAUACACAAACUGCAAAGGCAUUUGCAGACGAGCUUGGAAUCCCUUUUCUGGAGACUAGCGCAAAAGAUUCUAUCAAUGUAGAGCAGGCUUUCUUAACCAUGACCGGCGAGAUUAAGAAAAAAAUGGGUAACCAGCCAGCUGCAAACAAGAAACAGGCAAGCACGGUUAAAAUUGAGGGUCGACCAAUUGAGCAGAAAAACAAUUGUUGCGGUUAA